AUGGAGAAGAUGACAGAGAGAAUCUCUAGUCAUGAGGAAGUUCCAGCCGAAGAGUGCAUCGUUGUUGCUGAUGUUGCGAUCCCAGAACUCCUGAGAACAAGCGAAAGCAUCAAUGCGACCACAACGACACCUGCUCGGACGAGAGAACUCAACUCUUUCUCUUUCUGUUCGCCAGCGCCAAAGCUCGAAACAUCCCUCAGCGGCGCACCCAUCCCGGAGUGCAGAGGCCCGAAGCGCCGCCGCCGGCUCAGAGGCGGCCAGGUUUCCGCCCCGACCUCCAGCGCCGAAGCUGCAGCCGGAGAAGCACAACAACCUGAUGCCCACCGGGACUCCUUUUUCACCAAGCGGUACGCCAAACGGACGCGAAUGCAGGCUGGGCUGGUCGAGUAUUCCCCAUCAGCCAAGCGUUGGCGGACAAUCGACGCCACAAGCAGCAGCAGCAGCGGCGGCGGCGGCGGCAGCGACCAAACUGCCACGGACAUCUUCGGGCCCUCAACACCCCCAGCCCAACCCAAUGACAUUCCGGCACCCAACCCCCCUUGUGCUUCUUGCGCCAAGCGGGAAGAACCUAAGCAGAUACUGGAGGCCGCGACAUGCAACGUGACCUACCUACACCAGCAGAUGCUCACGUUUAAGGCCCUGUCGACCCAGCUGCGCAGCGAAAAUGCAAAGCUGGAAGCACAGGUCAGGGAACUCCACCGCAAGCUGGAAGACCGGGCAGUGCAGACGCGGAAAGGAAGAGAGUUGACUCAGAGACCAGCUUUCGAGAGCACACCGGAGGUUGAUAUCGGCAAAGCCAGCCGGGGGGAGUGGGAGAGGGAAUGUCAAGCUCUCCUCCAACAACUUCAAACGAAGGACGUCCUGAUCCGGAAACAGGCUAUCUAUAUCAAGGAACUCCUGGAGCUGAGAGAGAACAUGAGCAAGGAGAUGACUCAGAGUCGGGAACUUAGCCUGGAACAAUGA